GCGGAGUGUUUUCACCGCGAUCAGUGCUGCUGAAGGGAGCCAGGGACAGACUGGUUCUUCACUCACCCCUUUAACACGAGAAAAAUCCUCUAAAAGAAGAAACAAGUUUACAACGAAAGAGCAGUUCCUGUAUUUCACUUUUGAGGUCCAAACUCCACAGUUACCAUGGCGGACGAAGCGGACAUGCGUAAUGAGCUAGCCGACCUGCAGACACGUGCAGACCAGAUAGCUGACGAGUCUCUGGAAAGCACUCGGCGUAUGCUGGCAUUGGUUGAAGAGAGCAAAGAUGCCGGCAUCAGGACUCUCGUCAUGUUGGACGAACAGGGAGAACAACUUGAUCGUGUGGAGGAGGGCAUGAACAAGGUCAACGCAGACCUGAAGGAGGCCGAGAAAGAUUUAAAAGAUAUAGGACAAUGCUGUGGUCUGAUAUGCCCAUGUAUUAAAAAGAUUAAGGGAGGAGGUCAGGCCUGGGGAGGUAACCAGGAUGGAGUGGUGAACAGUCAGCCUGGAGCUCGGGUGGUGGAUGAGCGUGAGCAGAUGGCCAUCAGUGGGGGCUUUAUUCGCAGGGUAACAAAUGAUGCUAGGGAGAAUGAGAUGGAUGAAAACCUGGAGCAGGUGGGAGGAAUAAUUGGUAACCUGCGUCACAUGGCCCUAGACAUGGGUCAGGAGAUUGACACCCAGAACCGUCAGAUCGAUAGGAUCAUGGAGAAGGCUGAUUCCAACAAGACCAGGAUUGAUGAGGCCAACCAGCGUGCAACAAAGAUGUUGGGCAGUGGCUAAACUGCUGCAAAAGUGCUUUUAAUUCCUUUCCACCCCAUCUCUCAUACUCACCUAUCCAUCAAACCUGACGUUGUCCCAGACACAAAUGGCCAGUGCCCACUUUGCCCAACAGUAUGCAUGGCAAAUCAUGCUUUUAUUGUGAUACUUAGCGUUUUGCUCUCAUGCACAUAUCAUACAAAGUACUCUCUGCCCCUUGUUCAUGCAUAUUUCUACCCUCUGUCUCUUCCUUCUAAUGUCAAUGUUGUUCUGUAUUGUCUCUUUUAUGACUUUUGUUAAAAAAUAGUCUACUAGUUAAAACGCAUACACUCCUAAUUGUAAAUAGAGCUUCUCUAAAUGGCUUAACCAAUUUAGAUUGCUUCACCUUUUUAAUGUAUCUUUUUUAUUUAUGUGUUUAAUAUACACUGUAACAAAACCUUGUUCCAAAAAGCCCUUAUCCAAAUGUCAGUAUUCUGGUGUAGUCCAUGUUAAGACACACUGUGGUAAUAUAUAUAUAUAUUUUUUUUAAAGAUGUUGUGAUGAACUGUUAUGAAGUGAUUUGCCAUGAUUAUAAUAAACAUGCUGUCAUCACAGCCACUUGUAUUUUGGAGCUAGUUGAUACAUGAUACAACUAUGUUGUCUUGAUAGCUCUCAAGUCACUUAUCAUGAAAUCAUUUAAUUCUCUGAUUCGGUUAACUCUGAUGCUAAUGAAUUGAUAAUGUUUACCUUUUCCUCAGGGAGACAAAAGACCACUCAAAAUAAAGGUUGAUAUACAUACAUCACAAUGCAGCAUUUGAUGGUAUUUAUGGCAUUGUUUGGUCGUGAUGCAGCUGGCUAUUACCGAUACAAUUUUAUGUGAGGAAAGAAAAUGGCAUAGAGCCAAAAAGUGUUUUCAUAAAGGAGACAGAUGUGACAUUUAUUUGCAACAAGAAGCUUUUUCUGUGUUUAAUGCAUGUCCCUCAUUGCCUGAAUGCAAUAAAUGACACAUUAGUCUGGGAAAGAAUAUCUUGACAUUUGCAUGCUAAAUAUUAAGGCCACACAAAGGAGGCCUAUACUAUCUUUAAUG